UUUAAAUUAGUUUGUAUGUCCUAGAUCAACCAAUUUAUUUAUUAGAAAUGUCUGAUACCAGUUUUCAAAUCCCAUAAUCGUUAGCCAUACUUUUUCCUAAGAUAUUGUGUAUUUUAUAAUCUUGGGAAAUUAGGAUAUAUUUAAAAUUUUUGCUUUUAAUAAAUCGAAAUGUUAUAAAUUAUUUUCACUUAGUUAGAUAUAAUACAUGUGUUUACUUACUGCCCAGAUGGGAUGUGACAUUUGAAAGUUAGCUUAUAUUUUGACGUUGGCGUUAUUCGCAUUGUGAAUAAACUAUUUAGAUAUUAUAAGUGCUCCCUAGUUCUUAUGCAGUAAUUAUAAGUGUUGAAUUUGAGGAUAUUAUUAUUAUUAUUUUUUAAGAUGCUCUGAAUCUAAACUUCAAAAUGGAAGAGAUUCCUGUUAAUGAAUCUGAUGAUUUGCAUAGUUUCUUGGAUGUUGAAUUAGAAGCUCUGCAAUCCAUAUAUGUAAAUGAAAUAACGAUAAUAAAAGAUGAGCUGGAUUCUACAUCUGUAUCAAUAGAUCUUUAUCCUGCUACUGCUGAUAAUCUUCAUGAACAGUAUGUAAGGAUGACACUUAAGUUUACUUUAAAAGAAAAGUAUCCUGAGGAAUUACCAGAAAUAAACAUCCGAAAUCCGAGAGGUUUGUCUGAAGAAAAACUGAGAAGCAUUACUGAUGAUUUACUAUCGAUAGCUGAAAAGAAAAAGGGCAACUCAAUGCUUUUUGAAAUGAUUGAGGCUGCCAAAGAACAUUUAACUGCUGAAAAUCGUCCUAGUGGAGAAUGUGCUAUCUGUCUUUAUGGUUUUAAUGAGCAAGAUGUAUUUACGAGGACGGAGUGUUAUCAUUAUUUCCAUUCACACUGUUUAGCUAGAUAUUCAAAGAAUGCAUUGGAAAAUAAUGAGAACAAUACUGAAGCUGGGACAUCAAAUUUUCAAUUAUUAUGUCCUAUGUGCCGAAUUCCUAUCCAGUUUGAAGACUCAGAGGAGCUUUUUCCUCCACCAUUUGCUGCAGAUGAUGACACGUUUAUUAUGAACGAGGAAAUUUUGGAACUUCAGAAGAAGAUGGCUGAGCUUUUUCAGCAUCAAUUUGAAAAAGGGGGAAUUAUAGAUAUUGAAGCAGAAAAGAAUAAAUUCUUGUUAGAGAUCUCAAAUGUAAGUGUGCAAAUUUUAUUUAUUUAAUAAUUUUUAUUUCAGAUAAAAAGGGAAUAUGACUAUUAAAAAAUUUUUCAUAAAAGUAUGUUUUUUGUGCAAAUUGAAAAUUAGCUCUAGUGUUGUUAAAUUAUUGUAAUUUCUACAGAAUAAAUGCAUGUUGUACUAAAUAAAAAUGGGCUAGAGCAGCAUAGCUUUUUAGAACUACUUAUGAAGAACUGUAUUCAAACAGCUUCUAUAAACUAAAUAUGUAUAGUUACUGAUUCUUGUCUGUGUUAUCAUAAACAUCCAUUCAUUAAGAUGAUACAGUACAAGAUUGUGACUUGUCGGGACCUUGGUUGUUACGAAUUUCAGAAUUUUUUGGAUUUUAGAUCAUUGGUUUAAACUUAGUAAGGUGAUAUGUAGAAAUUAUAAAAUUUAAAGUAUAAAAUAUUUUGUAAAAAGAGAAUAAAAAUUUACAAAAA